CUCAUCACACAGCGGCCUUCGUUGAAUGGUGCUGCUCCUGCGUCGAUUCGAUGAAGCUCCACGAGCUAUGGACAUGUCCUCCGCACAUUACAGACUGAGAACUGCGGGGGAACGACUUUUUGUCGCAUCACUAGUUGUGGGACUAUCUCAGCAAUUGAUGUAAUUGGCAACGUACAUAUUUCGUAAUGAUUAGCAAGUUAAAGAUAAGUAGUUUGUAUGUUGUCAUAUAUUGAGGCUUGUGUCGCCCGAACAUUUGCGGCUUCAUUUUCGUCUCUCUCUCACAGCGACGUCCUGAGCAUACCUCGAAGUCCGACGAAUAACGAGUAAAGAUGGCGAGACUUCCCUUUCACGCAGACCAUAUCGGCUCUCUGAUUCGCCCCGACUCUGUGUCUGAAGCCCAACAGCGGUUCGACGAGGGUAAAGCCUCCGCAGAGGAGCUCCUUCAAGUCCAGCAAUCAGUCAUCAAAGAGAUCGUCAAAAAACAGCAGUUAAACGGAAUAAGAGCUCUGUCCUCUGGCGAAUUCGACCGCAAAUACUACUUUUCAGGAUUCUUCGAGAAGCUCACGGGCUUCCGUGAAGUCAGCCCCGUGCCAUGGGAGCUCACGAGGCUCUCCGCGCCGCCCAUCGCCGCGCUUAAGAAAACCGGACAGCAGUAUCCCAUGGCCGCCAUCUGCGAAGGCAAAAUCCGCUACGAGAGCAGCCCGUAUCUUGAAAACUGGCGCCUGCUGCGCGAUACUGUACCGCAGGAGCAAUGGGCUGAGUGUAAAUUCACGAUGCCCCCGGCCUGUUAUUUUCACUUGAGGCUGGCUCCGGGCAAAUGCUACAGCCCUGAAGCGUAUUCUUGCGACGAGGACUUCUUUGCGGACUUGGCAGUAGCGUACCAGAAGGAGAUUAAGACCUUGUACGAUGAGGGCCUGCGUAAUCUGCAGAUCGAUGACCCGACGUUGGCAUAUUUCUGCUCGGAUGAGAUGCGAGAGUCGUUGCGGAACGAGGGAUCAGAUCCGGACAAGCUGUUUGAUUUAUACCUAAAGGCUCACAAUGAUUGUAUUGCAAAUCGCCCUGAAGGUCUCCAUGUUGGGCUUCAUAUCUGCCGAGGCAACUUUUCCAAGUCGCUUCAUUUCAGUGAAGGUUCGUAUGAGAAGAUCGCCGAACGCUUCUUUACCGCCCUCAACUACGAUACAUUCUUCCUCGAAUAUGACAACGCCAGGUCCGGCGGCUUCGAGCCUCUGCGCUUCCUCCCCAAGGGCAAAAACGUCGUCCUUGGUGUAGUCACAACUAAAGAUCCCGAGCUUGAAGAUCCCCAGGAGAUUAAGCGGCGAGUCCUGGAGGCCGCAAAGAUUAUUGCAGACGGCCAACAACGCAGCGUCGAGGAGGUUAUGGAGAACAUUGGUAUCAGCCCGCAAUGCGGAUUUGCCAGUGUGGCUAUUGGCGCGGAGGGGAUGACAGAGGAGAAAAUGUUUGUAAAGCUGAGGCUAGUUAGGGAUAUUGCGAGGGAGCUAUGGCCAGAUCGGCCAUGAUAUGAGAUGAGAGCGAAAUAGUACAUCUUGUUCAGGGCUUGUGGCAGCAGGCCCAGCAAUUACUGUAGAAAAGUAGACUCUUAUUUAAUUGAUCCACGAGGAAGCAUUGCAU